AUGUCGUCUUUGGCUUCACAGCGCGCUAUGCUGGCAGCCUUAGGUGGAAUGUCAAUUGCUGCCCUGUUUGUGUGGUAUCUCCGUUCCCAAAACGCUGAUGAGAAGGCUCAACAGCGAAGUGAAGUCACUAGAGAGCUUUUGACUAGUGAAAAUGGAAUAAAGAAUAGUGCCAGAAAAAACACUGAAACUAAUGGAGUUCAAGCGAAGGCCGCUGAGCCGGUGUCUUCCGAAAAAGUGAACAAAACUUCGGAUUCGCAGAACGUCGAGAAGACAAACGUUGCUGCUGAAAAAAACGGAACUGAUUCAAAAACAAGCGUUGCUUCUGCUCCACGAAAUAAUUCCGAAGAAGUUCACGACGAAAUUGCCGAAAAUGAAUCUGUGAAUGCAUCCAAUGAGCUUGCUGAAAAAGAAUCGAUUGAGACAACUUUAAAUAUGGCGCCAAUGGAGACCACGGAACAUUCUUCAAUUUCCGAGGAGUUUGUUAUCAAAGAACAGUCCCCGAGAAAAAAAACCUCGGAAUUGAUCUUGGAUUGUUCUACACACACAUUAUUGGAAAACGAAAAAGUCGAAUUCUUGUGGGCUGAAGAAAUGGAACGAAGUUAUGCUGAACAAGCGGAAAAUGAUCGUAUGAACCAAGCAACCUAUACAGAGAGCGGUUCACCAGCCAGCAGUGAAGACUCAAUGGGAUCUUCACAAGAUUCAGGAAGAGCUACUGGUGGCUUAGCUUCCUCACUCUCACCCAUGGAUGAUUGCAAUGACGGACUUCCGAUGUAUGAAUUUGAAAUUCCAAAUUCUUUGGUCGGUUUAAUUAUUGGAGUGAAAGGAAAAACAAUUAAGGAGUUAAGUACACGAACAGAUGUGAAAAUGCUAAUCAGGCCACACCAUGCUCCUGAAAAGAGCGAUUCUCAUCAGAUUUGUCAGGUGCGAGGAAAACGUGAUCAAAUCAAUAAAUGUCUCCAAAUGUUGAGAAGAAGGUUUCCAAAUGAGCGCUUCCCUGAAUUAAAUUUACAACCUGUACUUCCACCUAUACUCCCAACCUCAUUGUUCGAUGCUUUGACAGGCCAACCAAGCUGGCUGUCUUUACCUGAAAAUGUUUCAUGCGAAGUAGUCUGUUCAUCCAUUACUGACCCAGGCCAUUUCUUUGUACAGCAACCAACUCAUCCAUCUUUUCCCUCUUUAGCCGUUCUCGAUAGAUAUAUGCUUAUUCUGUACAGUAGUGGAACUUCCAUACCUGAAUUGCCCAAACCUUGCCAAAACGGCCUCCUAUGUGCUGCUCCAGUCUUGGGCGCAUGGUUCAGAGCUGUCACUGUAGCCUAUUAUGAGGAACCUGAUGAGGUUCUUGUUAGAUUUGUAGAUUAUGGAGGCUAUGAGACGAUUCCCCGGGGUGACCUCAGACAAAUCAGAACGGAUCUUAUGUCUCUCCCAUUCCAAGCUACUGAGUGCCACUUGGCCCAUGUCCAACCCAUAGAUGGUACAUCACAAUGGCCUGAAGAGUCUCUACAGUUUUUCCAUGAAAUUUGCAUGGGAAAGAUUGUCAUAGCUACCGUUGUUGGUACACACGUAGAAGACAAAAUGCCGAUGGUCGAAAUUGUAAUUAAUUCUGGAGACGACGGAAAGGCUGUUCGGUUAGAUGAAGCGUUAAUGUCUGCAGGCUUCGCCAAAGCAUCCGAUCCAUCUAAAAUGUCACGAUUUUCAGUAAAACGCCCCUCUUUCAAUGCUCAACAGUCCACCGUAAUGGUUUCUUAA